GUUUCGUGUGAAGGUGUUGUCAAUAUUUUAAAAUACGUCAACACAUUUCUUAUUUAUGUGUUUGCUUGCAAAAUAAUUUAAAUCAAAACAUUUUUUUUAUUAUUUGUUUAAUCAAGUGCCUUAAUUAGUGCCCAAAAAAUGGAUAAAGACGUUUCAAGAACUCGCAAUUACGUAUCUGAAAACACACAAAUUACAACACAAAAUAAUAAAAAAGAAACAGUGAGAAAUAUGACAAACAGUUCUCUGGGCAAACGUAAAAAAAAGCAGGAGAAGAAAAAUAAAUACUUGCAAGAAUGGGUCGACAAAGCCUUACAACAAGAUGUUAUAGAAAACGAUUCAGACUUCAGUGAAAACAUCUACCCACCUAACUUUUAUCACAUGAAUCCGAUGCAUCAACAACGUAUACACUCAGCAAUAUCAGAUCCAAGUUUCUGCAGAUUCGGAGUACCUGUAAAUCCUUUCCUUAUGGAACCCUCAUCAUUACCCUACUACAACCAUUCCACCACUAAAUCCCACCAGUAUAUUCCACAACCUAAUUAUAACGUUUCUAGAAAUACAUUCCCAAAUAGGAAACGAUGUUUCAAUUCAAGGCAAAAUCAUACCACACAAACGUCUGUAGUAGCAAAACCUGCAAAUACUCCUUCAGAGUUACAAUUUACAAGCCUCCCACCGGUUGAUAUGACUGCUUCGAGUGUUGAUGAUAGUCAGGAUCAGAGACGGUUUAGUGAUCCUGGUUUAGGUUCGAAUGGGGACGGCCAGGAUUCCUCAGACAGUGAUGAUUCGAAUGGUAGUUCUAAUUUAAUUUCAGUGCCGAAGAAAAUUAUUACAACUUUGGUGGAACAGAUACAUUCGUUAAAGGAAAUCACAACUAAAUUGAAUAGAGAUAUGUUUGAAAUGAGGGGUGAAUUAGAACAAGUAAAGCAGCACUCAGCAUGGGCUAGACAAAAUACACCAGCUACAACAAUUGCACCAGCGUCUCCUUUACCUGUAGGAAAUCAGACGUAUACACCAGGAAUGCUUGCUGAUGCUAUUCGUGAAGUACGUGAUUCCACAAAGGUACGUGAAGAAGCAUUUAUGUUAAGAUUCAAAUCACUAAUGGAUGAAAGGGCUGCGAAUAAUAGUUUGUAUGGAAAUAUGAACGGACUAGAUAGUAUUUCGGAAAGUGGACGCGACAUACAUGAAUUAACGAAAGCUCGAAUUAACAAGCUUGAAACAGAAUGUCGUCUGGAGCGACUUGAGGAAGAUCUUAGAACCUUGAGACUGCAAAAUGAAAUGCCAUAUUUACAUAAUGGGACGACAGGCCCUCGUACAAUUCAACGUUUUCGCUCGUUCGAUAGCAAAUUGUUGGAUUCUGAAAGAGAUCGCGAAAUUGAAAUGGAAUUGCUUGAUUUAAGACGCGAAGUACAAGAAGCUAAAGCUAGCCGGGAUGAAGCUAUAGAAAAAUCUAAAAAUAACGAACGUCUAGUGACCAUCCUUCGCAAAAAGUUGCACCAAGCCUCAAUGAACGGCGAUACCGAUUCGGCAAAUUCUGAUCAACAACAGCAACAGCAACAGCAUUAAGUCAAAUCAGUCCAAUUUCUCGAAAUCAUUCUUUAACAGGACAAAGUUUGAAUACUUCUACAUUAGAAUUGCGAGCUCGUCAGACGCCUACAAGUGCAGCUUCGCAGAGCCAUAAUGGAUAUGUUACUAUGUCCGGACCUGUUACCGAUUUGCAGUUUUGUUAAAACAAGAUUCUUUGGAUGAAAAUUGGACAAUUGGAAUUAUUAUUAUAUUGACCAUACUUAUAUAUAAGGAC